GUUUCUUGCUAGUUGUUUACAGAUCUUCGCCGAGCUCAGUAUGGCUUCCAUUAUCGGUCUACUCAGCAUACUCUACUUGUUGCUUAUUCCCGUCAGUUGUUCUUAUGGUCCACAGAAUAUAAUACCGUCUGAGGUUCGUGUGAAUAUAUCCGGUCAAGGUGUGGUGAUCGGCAAUACCAAUACUACAGCAUGGACUGGUCAAACUUAUAUGCAAUUUCGCGGAAUACCCUAUGCAGAGUCACCAAGUGGAGAACUAAGAUAUAAGCCUCCAGUACCUCGGAAACCAUGGUCAACGCCACUUCAAGCCAACGACUACGGACGCAUAUGUCCACAAUUGUUUACAUACAACCGUUUGUCGCCCGAUAAACUGCAGGGUGAUCUAGAGGACUGUCUCACCUUAAAUAUUUUCACCAAAAAGUUAAACGCCACGCAACCGGUGAUGUUCUACGUUCAUGGCGGUAGCUUGCAAGUGGGUUUUGCCAGUGACCACCGACCCGAUUAUUUGCUCGAAGAGGAUAUUGUGCUUGUAGUGAUACAAUAUCGUCUGGGUAUACUUGGAUUUUCCGGCACAAAAACACCGGAUAUGGCUGGUAAUUUCGGUUUAAUGGAUAUAAUGUUGGCACUUCAAUGGGUGCAAGAGCAUAUCUCCGCUUUUGGUGGUGAUAGCGCAAAAGUUACUGUUUUCGGUGAGAGCUCGGGCGGUGAAUUAGGCGGCGCAUUACUGAUCAGUCCUAAGACUCCACCGUCAGCUUUUCAACGGCUCAUUAUACAAUCGGGUUCAAUCGUGGAUAAACAAUCUAUAAAUAUGGAGCCACUUGCGCAAGUGACACGUGUUUGUCGCGCUUUGAAGUGUGAGCAUUGCGAAAGUAUUUACCGAGCGCAACAAUGCUUGAAACGCGCGCCAGUUAUGGACCUGCUUAAGGUGGCUGAAAGCGAACGUUAUGGUUUGAUUAUUCGCGAUUAUUUUGGUACAAUACCAGAGCAUCCGGCUCAACUGAUUGGGCAGACAAAUAAGAAUGUGCCCAUAAUGACUGGCUUUACAAAACACGAUGGCGCGAUUGUGUUAGCCUUCUUUUACGACGACUUCAGAGUGUUUCAUCCUAAUCUGAACACUGUUACUGUGGGAGAUUUCGCCACUGCCUUGAUGAAUUGGAUGAACGAUACAACAGGUUUGACUAAUAAUGCCAUGACGCGUUUGUUAUUCCCUGCGGAUCUAUGGCACAGUGCCGAUCAUAGGCGCGCUCUACCCGCCUACUUCGAUCUCGUCAACAUACUUUUCUUCAAAUCUGUAAUGUUGGGCUUCACAAACAAGCUAUUCGAGAAAGCCGCACAGCCGCCCAUCUACUUCUACACUUUCGACUAUGCCGGCGAGAAGACAAAUUUCGGUUUCGAUUUGGGCAACGCACAGUAUCCCUUCAACGGCGGUGUACAUCAUACCGAUGAGCUGAUUUAUCUAUUUGCAAUGAAGCCACCGUUGAAUGCGCAGGAUACUGCGAUUGCCAAGAAGAUGGUGGCACUAUGGGUGUCUUUUGCCACGACUGGCGUGCCACAGGUGCCGGAUGGACCACUAAUAUCACCAAUGGAACAUAAACGCGGUCCAUACUUCCACAUUGACGAAGAAAUAAAACUGGACGAUGAUAUAUUGAAGGAAUUCACCGCAACCAUUGACGAUCCGAAUAAUACAAAUCUGGAUCGCCCCAGUAAAAUGUGGUAGAGGCCGCUUAUGGCGUCUUUAAAGCUAAAGCUAUACAUAUAUAUAUUUUUGUUGCUUCCUCUUCAUACAUACAAAUAAAUCUUUUUCUUUAUUGUCUGCAUUAA